UUGUUGCUUGAAGGUGGGAUUUGAGCCCCUCCUCCACUUCGGUCAAAGAAUUCCAUUUCCCACCUCCAUCCCUUAUAUUCUGCCAAAGCUAUCUGUGCAAUCUACUUUUAUAAAUCACACAUUUCUAUUAUACAACAAUGUCAGCUAAAAUCCCCAGAAACUUCAAGCUCCUUGAAGAGCUCGAGAAGGGCGAGAAAGGCCAAGGAGCAGAGGCUUGCUCCUACGGUCUUGCGGACGGAGAAGAUAUGAUGAUGAGCAACUGGAACGGAACUAUUCUCGGCCCUCCUCAUAGUGUCCAUGAAAACAGGAUAUACAGUGUCAACAUCCAUUGCGGUCCCGAUUACCCAGACAAUCCUCCUGAGAUCCAAUUCAUCUCACGGGUUAAUCUGCCUUGUGUAGACCAACGAACCGGCAAGGUCGAUCCCACAAAACUGCCAUGUUUGGCUCAAUGGAAGCGCGACUAUAGUAUGGAGACCAUUUUACUCGAAAUGAGAAGAUAUAUGGCUCUUCCGCAACACAAGAAGCUUCCUCAGCCUCCGGAGGGCUCCAACUUCUGAGUCGAUGAUCUUGCAGGAUACAUGAUCGGAGAAUUGUGGUUAGUUUUGCGUCAGAAUAUCUCGAAGUAUCUAUAUGCCUCCAAGUGGUGGACUUACUACCUCGAUAGGCCUAGGUAGGUUAAAUCCUCGACUCUUGAUUUGGGAAGAAACAAAUUGCACGAAUACGCCCGGGACCUUCAAGCCGGUAGUAAAUCGAAGUUGUGCGUGAACAGACUA